AUUAUCUUCCUCCCCUGCCAAAACCCAUCACUCAACAGUCAACACUAUCCACACCCCGAUUCUUCAUUUCUUGCAUUUAUCUCAGGUCCGAUAAGAAUGGCGUCAAUUCAGUUAACCGCCUCCGCCAUUUCCGCAAAGGGGUUUGUUUCCUUUGAUGGGAAUCUUCGCAACACCGGAAAGAUCGCAUCUUUCGCUCCUUUCUCGAAGAGCUCAAGUAGCUCCUUCCGGUCUCUCGCCGUCAGGGCCGCCACCGCCGUUGCUCCUAAGUACACUUCACUCAAGCCACUGGCUGAUAGAGUGUUGGUGAAGAUAAAGACAGCUGAGGAGAAGACAGUGGGAGGCAUACUGCUUCCAUCUUCAGCACAAUCAAAACCCCAAGGUGGUGAGGUUGUUGCGGUCGGAGAGGGCCGAACAAUUGGGAAGACCAAAGUUGACAUUAGUUUGCAGACUGGAACUAAGGUUGUGUACUCGAAAUAUGCCGGGACGGAGGUGGAGUUCAAUGGAGCUAAUCAUCUCAUUCUGAAAGAGGAUGACAUUGUUGGCAUUCUUGAUACUGAUGAAAUCAGUGACAUGAUACCUCUCAAUGACAGGGUUCUAAUAAAGGUUGCUGAGGCAGAGCAAAAAACUGCAGGAGGAUUGCUUCUCACAGAGGCUAGCAAAGAGAAGCCCUCCAUUGGAACUGUUGUAGCUGUUGGUCCUGGACCUCUUGAUGAAGAAGGGAAGAGGAAAAUCUUAUCAGUCAAUCCUGGAAACACGGUACUCUACUCCAAGUAUGCCGGCAAUGAGUUUAAAGCCAGCGACGGUUCUGAUUACAUUGCGUUAAGGGCAUCUGAUAUCAUGGCUGUCCUCUCUUAGUUGCCUGAAAUUUUCUUAGUGACUUCUCCUCUGUCUUGGCCUAGAUAAUGCCAAUCUUCAUGCUUGAGAGUAAAAUGUUAUUAGCCAUAGUUGGUUGAAGCUCUACUGUGUAAACAAAGAUUGAUCUUUUAAGCAACUCUCUACUUAUAUCAUGGGAAUUCCAUUGGUUUUAUUGUGUUGUCUUGCAGAGGUUUCAAGUGUUCAAACUUGUCUAAACAUGUUUUAUUGAGUUGUCUUGAAGCUAUCUUUUAAGCUAUUGUGGCAAGAACACAACACAAAAUUUACUUGUCUAAACAUGUCCAUGAAAAGUGACACUACUAUUAUGUGGAUAAAGUGGUCUUUUAAUAUCUAAAAGUUUAGAACAGAACACAAUUGAUGCAUUUGAAAAUUUUCACACAUGUUCAAAAGUGGUCUAGAGAUAUUCAUUCCUUCCCAGGUUUCAGGACAAGAAAACACUUGUGGAGGGGCACAAACAAAAAACCUAAAAACUGGACAAAACAUUAUACAAAUGCAAAUCCCUCUUCUGCUCUGAAAGCAGCUUUACAUUUCCCAGCAGAAACAAAUCUUCAAAUGAAAGUGCUUCAAGAUC